AUGGCGUCUCCAGAUGCCGCGUUAUCGACCGAUGGAGGGUCUCAUUGUUUAGAUACGCUAAUACUAGAGCUCAAAGUAGAAAUUGUUCUUCACCUGAGCAAUCCUACAACACUCGCUAGAUGCUCACAUGAAUGGAACAACAUUGUAAAUUCACCUUUUACGAAAUCUAAGUGGCUGAUCAGCAGAUAUGGAAGAACCCAUGCGUUAUUUCACGCAGUCAGAAUGGGCAAGCCGUUCGUUAAUUUUGAUGUAGUUGAAUGGUUAUUUGCGCAGAAAGCGCACAUCAGUCGAUACUUUAUCCAAAGAUUGGUGCUUGGGUUUGGGAAAUGUGAUAGAAAACUUAUUGAUCUCAAACGAAAGUAUAACAUAGGAUCGUCCGAUCCAUUUUCGAACACCUUAAUUCAAGACAAAACCUGUAGUUCGUGGGCAAGCAAUCUUUCCGUCGAUGUCUUUUCUCGGCUUCUCAAAGAGGGUUACGAUCGAUUCGGGGAAAAUAACAUUUUGGUUCGUGGAAAUGACAUGGAAAAAUUUUAUUAUCUCUCUGGCGGACCACUAGGAAUCACUCAAGCCAUGUUUGACAUUCAAAAAAACAUGGAUGAAAUUGAAACGUUGAUUCGAAUUCAUAAAUUCGCGCCAUUUCCUACCAGGCAUCUGCCCUGCGAUGUCUCCGAUGGUUGCGCCGACGUCUUGCAAUUGAAUAUUAUUGCACGGCCUAUUCUGAUCUGCCCUGAGUUGGUUGGUGUCUGGAAGGAAAGUGGAUAUCAUGAAGUAGUAACUGAUGUAAAUGAUAUUGUCAUGCGAAGUGCUCUGCUAAUUCUUUAUCCACAUGAAUUUGAAGAAUGGGCUUUACCUGGAUUAGAGCAAGUUGUCAAGAAAUUAAGCCAUUUACAGUCGUAUGGUUUCAAAUUGACCGACAAGCUUAUCGGAGAUGCUUUAAUAUUAUUUGAACACAGACUAAACUAUGUCGAUAUAGGUGAAACACUAAUAGAAGCUUUUGCUAUUGUUCGUAAAAAGCUCAGGGAGGAUAUUCUUAUUAUUUGUCUAACGGAGUUGUUGUGUCCAGAAAGACAUAUUGAACAACAUGUUUCGCUUAACUUUAUAAUCAACUGUAUGAACAAAUCUUAA